AUGAUGUCGGAUAGACGCUUAAGAUAUUCACUUCCUAAUUAUCGGACACAGGCGGCACCACAUCUCAAUCCAAUAGAAAGACCACCGCAUCAUGGGGCCAUGCAGAUAGACUCACAAUCAGGGUUCGCUUAUAGAAAACCCAUCUUAUUAGAGCGUCCAGAUUUUGAUUAUACACCUGUAUCGUCUCAAGCCAACCCAUCCUCGCCAAUAACGCCUCCUCCUGUUGCGCCGUCUUCCAGAUUCCAGCACAAAUAUACAUUAGACGAUAAUGCAUCACUCAUUACAGCAGAAAAUUUACCCAUCUAUGAUACACAAUCCAAUUCAUCGUCCUCCAUCAUAUCCACAAUCCAUGUUGAGCCAAGGCCACCAUCACAUGUGCCAACAUCUGAAUAUUAUAAAUAUACAUCGCCGGGAUUGACACCACUACAACGAAAGACACAAAUUUUGAUAUGGAUCAUUGAAAAGAGUCUAAAGGAUGACAAUAGUGGAUUAGCGAGCCAUGAUCCAGUUGUUCAAAGAAGAUGGCACAUUGCAAGACAAGUCAAACUGAAAGCACUGCAACAUUUCAGGCAUUCUGGGGUGGAUCUUUCGAUAUUCAGUAUGCCGGAUCAAGAUGAGGAGAGGGAAAAUCCCAUCAACAUUGCAAAUUCAGAAAAGCUGGUAGAGCUAGAGAAAGGCAUUCAGAUCUUCCAGGACGAACUGCAUGAUUGGAAAGAUUUUUCUGGAAGAGUAUUUCAGCUGCAUGCAGAAACCAAAGACAUCACCACACAGGAACCACCUAUUAUGGCGUACAAUGACAUCGAUAUCGAUUCUAUGCUUGACAAUUUAGAUGAAACUCAACAAGAUUUUUACUAUGAAUAUUGCAGGUCAAUUGAUACGGAUGAAGAGGAUAUGUUUGGAAGAACAAAGGAAAUCAUUGAUCCUGGUGUAACUCAAGUACGACAGGCAUUGAAUACCGCAAGCAAAUUUGUUGAAGAGACACAGCAUUUUACAAAAGAACGAGUAGCAAUUGCAGCGCAGAAAGUCGAAGAAGCAAGAAGUUAUAUACCAUUAGAUGCUUAUCAGAAAAUACCUGACGUAUUUGAUAAUAAUGAAGAACUGAAGCGAAAAAGUGUACUGAAGAAUUUACAGCGCAUGAUUGGUCUAGUUACAAGACAAAAUAGCACAUCUUCUGUGAUGGAGGAUGCAUAG